GAUGCGCCGUCGCCGGCAAACUGUCAAAAAAAUUGUUUUCAUUCGCUGUUCGGUUCGGAGAGUUGAAUAAAUAAAAUUAUUUUCGUCUAACAUCGCAGAAAUUCUAAUAAAGUGAUGUGUUAAAUAAAGACGAUACCAAUUGAGAAUCGAGUUACACGAACAAAAUAGGAAGCACCGGAACCAAUUUCAAUCCGCACGAUGAACCUUCACCACUACUUAAACUCCGUGCAGCGUGUUUGGAACGCCGGAGAGGGACAAGCGGUGGCACGGUUACUGUCCUUAUCCGACCAGCAUGUCAACAAUCGAACGUUGCACGUGGAGUAUCCGGAGACGGCUGUGGAUCGUCAGCUCGAAUCUCCACUGGAUGAGGUCGUUUCGUGCCAUUUGAAAGUGCUCUACUAUCUUACCAAGGAGCCACGCAACUACAGCGAAGCCUACAAACAGCAAACGAACUGCAUCCAGGCGGUGGUCAAAAUGCUUCAGGUGAUGAAGGACGAAAACUGGUUUCUGCCGAUCAUGUACACAGUGGCCAUCGAUCUCCGUCGGUUGGCCGCCAAAUGCGAGGAACAACUGAAAACUUCCAAACCGGGCGAAAUUCUCGAGAAAGCAGCCGAGUGUCUGAUGGGUUGUUUCCGCGUUUGUGCCGCGGAUAACCGAGCCUCCGAUCAGGACACUAAGCGUCUCGGGAUGCUGAAUUUGGUCAACCAGCUGUUCAAGGUUUACUUCCGGAUCAACAAGUUGAAUCUGUGCAAGCCGCUGAUUCGGGCAAUCGACAGUUCGAAUUUUAAGGAAUCCUUCAGCUUAGCCCAACGGAUCACGUACAAGUACUUUGCCGGACGGAAGGCCAUGUUCGAUUCGGAUUACAAAAAUGCAGACGAGUAUUUGAGCUUUGCGUUCGAGAACUGUUCAAGGAAGUUUACAAAGAACAAACGACUCAUCCUGACGUAUUUGGUUCCGGUGAAGAUGCUUUUGGGGUACAUGCCUCGCAAGGAAGUUCUGGAACGGUACAAUAUGUUGCAGUUUCACGAACUGACCGUUGCACUGAAGGAGGGAAAUGUGCGGCGGUUUGACGAAGUCAUCCAGAAGCAUGAGGCGUUCUUCAUCAACGCUGGAAUCUAUCUCAUUGUCGAAAAGCUGAAGAUACUCGCCUACCGCAAUCUGUUCAAGAAGGUUUACUUAAUCUUGCAGACGCAUCAGAUUGAUUUGAAUGCAUUUUUGACGGCGCUGCAGUGGGUCGGAGAGGACGAGCUGACCAUGGACGAAACGCACUGCAUCGUGGCCAAUUUGAUCUACGAGGGACGGAUCAAGGGCUACAUCAGCCAUCAGCAUAAUAAGUUGGUGGUUUCCAAGCAGAAUCCGUUCCCGAAUGUGAUUGUUAAUUAGAUUAUGUAUGAAAUGAGACAAAUAUAUGUGUCAACUGAAUCUAAAAUCGAA